AUGGUAGCUAACCCCAAAGGAGCAAUUAUGAAUAGUGAUGUUAACAGACCUGCAACAAAUAUUACAGACGAUAAUGAUGAUUUAUGGAUGAGCGAUGAUCUUUCGUAUUCUGCCUAUCCACAAGAGCCGCCGGCCUUAUCAUAUAAUAUUGUUCCCCCUUUGUCAAAUUCUUCAAUCGAACAAAGAACCCCCGAAAGGCGACGACAAAAUUUAUUAAGGGCUGGAAUUUCCCCUACUCCUCCUAACCCUAGACAAAAAAUAAAGAGAAAACUUGAGGGGGACGAUUAUGGACAAAAUAAAAGACAAAAUUUGAUUAAUUAUAAAAAUGAGGCUCGAAAUGAGUAUUUGAAAGUUUCUGAAAAGGCUAGAAAUAAAUUGCAAAAAUUAGAAAGGAAAAAGUUAUUGAAAAAUUGGAAAAUUCCUUAUACUCCUGAAUAUAACACAAAUCCUCCUGUUGAUGAUGAUUUUCCUCCAUCUCCUCCCAACCCAAUUCUCCCUAAUAUUCCUGAAGGUAUUGAUGCUCCCCUUGUAUCUGACCAUCUUCCUCCUAGACAAAUUAUAAAAAGGGGAAAGACAGAAGAAAGCUAUGUUGGAUCGUGA